UGGCAUCUUUCUUGCAGCAAAAAGGCAAGUCAGUAAGGUUGAAAUACCCCAAUAUUAUAAACUGUACUAGCAUCAGCUGUCUAUCAUCACUAUACUAUACCUGCUUCACGUGGUGCUUAUAAUGCUUCUGUGUCUCUUCAGGUAAUUUUCUCACACAUUUCAGCAGAAAUCUGUAAAGUGAAAGCGGAGUUCGAGGGCUCUGUUGCAUCGCUAUCGACUGAACCAUCAGCUGCAGGUUUCAAACGAACCUUACAUGAAGUAGUAAACAUUGAGCCUUGCAACCUCCCCUCUGUUAACGCAGAUCGCGAGCAGUGGACGACCUUUAUACUAAGAUUUGCUAUCAAAACAAUGGCUCUUAAUUCAGCUUCCUCUGGUGAAAAUGGCGAAAUAGUGGUAGUUACAGGUGCAGCUGGAUUUUUGGGAAUUAAGAUAGUUGAGCUAUUGAAUACGCGUGGUAUGAACAUCCAAGAGAUCCGAGGUGUUGACAUCCGUCCGAGUCAGCCAUCGUACUUCCUUCAAAAUGCUCAGGGCGGAAGAUUGAGGUACAGGCGAGGAGACAUUUGCAAUUAUGAACAGGUCAAGGAUGUUUUCACACAAGCAACUGUUGUUAUCCAUACAGCUGCAAUAGUAGACAUCAGUCACCCAUCAGAGAUGAAAAUGCACGAUGUUAAUGUGAGAGGAACAGAAAACAUAAUCCAGGCCUGUUUGGAAUGCAAUGUGGGUAGGAUAGUGUACACAAGCACUGCAGACGUUGCUCUGGGAUGGUUGGAUAACAACAAUAUAAAUGAAGAAACACCCCUUCCUGGUGAAAAAGUCUCAGAUUAUCUUUUCAGUCAGUAUGCAUUUACCAAGAUGAAGGCUGAGAAGAAAGUCUUACGGGCUAAUGGCAGUCUGACAGCAAAUGGUACCCAUCUGGUUACGUGCUCAUUAAGAUCACUUGUGAUGUAUGGGGAAGGAGACACAGCAUUCCUUCCAAAUGUAAUUGAUUCUGCCAAAAAGCAGCUUGGUUAUUUGCCCAGGAUGGGUGAUGGUAAAGCCAAAUUUAACCCAUGCUAUGUGGGUAAUUCUGCCUGGGCUCAUGUCCUUGCAGUUGAUGUUUUGAGGAAAAACCCAAAGGAAAUUGCUGGAAAAGCUUUUUUUAUUGGCGACAACACUCCAGAAAGUAACUUUUUUGACUUUGUGGAACCUUACUUAGCAGCUACUGGAUGUGAUUUGCUUAAUGUUUCGAUUCCAUUUGUUGUUAUUUUUUAUAUUGCUUUCAUUUUGGAGUGUAUUGUAUGGGUAUUAAGUCCAAUUUGUAACCUCUCUUUAGCCAUUACCAGGUCCUCUGUGGUCACUGUGUGUAAGGGUGUGACAGUAAGUUGGAGAGUUGCCAAAAAACAACUCAGUUAUGAACCAAUUUUUUCAUAUGAACAAUCUAAGAAUAACACCUUAAGAUAUCUCAUAGAAAAGUAUGUUACUUAAAGUUGGCUAAACAUUAAUUUUUUUUUAAGCAUUUUUCCUGUAGAAGAGAAGGAAAUUUUUACAAAUUCAUUCUUAUUGUUGAGCAACAUAUAACCUAAUGUCAUCAUAUGAUCUUUCCACCCCCCUGUAGUUUGCUUUUGUUUAAAAGCACUGUGGAAGAAAUGCCCAGUAUGAGUGCCUAUGCAUGGGUAGGAGCAGGACAGGAAAGAGCUUCAUGACCUAGCAUAUGGCCUCACAAGAUGUAGAGGCUACUCUGAAAAUUACAUGAAGUAAAAAAAUUUGGUGUUUUUUAUGUUAUGAGAUAUUGUUUCAGAUAAAUGGAGUUCCCUUUGAUAAUUUUGCCUACUGUCAGCAUGAUAGGCCCCUUUAGAACCAGUACCAAAUGGUUCUUUUGGAAAUGGCUCCACACUUAAGAGAGCAAGUCUCUAAAAUAUUUUUAAAACUCAUGUGGUUGAUACAGACUAUAGGUACACUUGUUGAUUCAGGGCAAGUGACCAAGGGAGGUGCCUAUUUAAAGAGCAUUGACAAAUGAAUAUUGCUAAAAUAAAUCAGCAACAAGUGAGAAACUAAAAAUUUUCAAACACAGCCAAAUACACCUUAACCGAGAUUUACCCAUAGGAAGGGAAAACCUUCCUUAUACAGGAAAGC